AUGAACCCUAAACAGAAGACAGCAAUUAUCGUCGUCGCGCUUGUCCUGGUUCCCAUUAUUCUGGUCUGCUGUGCAUUCGCCCUAGCCCUUGGCUGCGCCGAGUUUUGGAGCUCUGGUCGCUUCACUCUCAUCAAACCUUGGAUUAGACGGCAACUGGCUACUGUGCGAAAACAACUCAAGCCACCUCGAGCCCCCCAUACUUUGCGCUGCAUCAUAGCUGAGACCGACAGUCAUACCCUGAACCAACGAUUAACACUUGUGUCGAAUAUCAACCUCAUGAGAAAUAACCGCGUGCUUCGCCUUACUCCUUUGCCUUCGGACGGUCUCAUGGAUGCUUUCUAUCGCUUACCUCGCAGUACGACCAUGGACAAAUAUCGGAUCGAGUUGGACAAAACCAGUGACCCUAUGACGCUAACUACUGAGCUUGCGCCUACUGUUGCGAUGCACUCCCGUAAAACACUUUUGCAGCUAGGCUACAGAGGGCUGCCUAAAUCGUGUAUGUAG